CUUCCGGUAGUUCAUCAACGAAGUUUUCGCGGGCUGUUUAACUUACACGAACAUGGAAACGAAAGGACGUCUUGCAUUGCUGAGUGUGUCAGACAAGACUGGUCUGAUUGAUUUUGGACGGGACCUGGUUGCCCUUGGUUUUGAGCUGGUUGCCUCUGGGGGCACAGCAAAGGCUCUUAGAGAUGCAGGACUGGAUUGCAAGGAUGUGUCAGACAUCACAGGAGCACCAGAGAUGCUUGGGGGAAGGGUAAAGACACUGCACCCAGCUGUACAUGGAGGCAUCUUGGCUAGAGCUACAGACUCUGACCAGAAGGACCUUGCUGACCAGGGAUUUACCAUGAUAAGGGUUGUUGCCAACAACUUGUACCCGUUUGCCAAGACGGUUGCCAAGCCAGAUGUCUUUGUACCAGAGGCAGUGGAACAGAUUGACAUUGGGGGUGUAACUCUUCUCAGAGCUGCAGCUAAGAACCAUGCCAGAGUUACAGUUCUUUGUGAUCCUGCUGAUUAUAAAAGGGUUGUUGCUGAGAUGUCAGCCUCUGAAGACAAGGACACGACACUUGAAACCCGCCAGGCUCUUGCUGUCAAAGCAUUCAACCACACUGCUGAGUAUGAUGGUAUGAUAUCUGACUAUUUCCGGCGUCAGUUUAGCCAGGGUGUAUCCCAGAUGCCACUGCGCUAUGGCAUGAACCCACAUCAGAAGCCUGCCCAGAUUUCCACUACACUCUCUGAGCUGCCUUUAAAAGUACUGAAUGGGUCCCCUGGUUUUAUAAAUCUGCUAGACGCCCUGAAUGGCUGGCAACUCGUGCGUGAACUGAGGUCAGCUUGUGGGUCUCCAGCGGCAACCUCAUUCAAACAUGUCAGUCCUGCAGGAGCGGCAGUCGGGGGCCAGGGGAUGUCUGAGGAGGAUCGUAAAGUGUGCAUGGUCGACGACCUGGGAGAUUUGUCUCCCUUGGCAGAGGCCUAUGCCCGCGCACGUGGGGCUGAUAGAAUGUCCUCUUUCGGUGAUUUCAUCUCUUUGUCUGAUGAAUGUGAUGUUGACACAGCUAGAAUUAUCUCCCGUGAAGUGUCGGAUGGAGUUAUUGCCCCUGGAUAUCAACCAGAAGCCUUGGAGAUCCUCAAGAAGAAGAAAAAUGGCGGCUACUGCGUUCUUCAGAUUGACCCGGAGUACGAGCCCCCACAGGUGGAGACAAGGACCUUGUUCGGCCUCCAGAUGUCUCAGACUCGCAACAACGCCAAUAUCAACAAGCUCGUCUUCAAGAACGUUGUGACUGCAAACACUGAUGUAGGGGAGAAGGCUGUUCGAGACCUGAUCGUUGCCAGUAUCACCCUCAAAUACACACAGUCCAACUCUGUCUGCUACGCCAAGAAUGGACAGGUGAUUGGUAUUGGAGCAGGGCAGCAGUCUCGUAUCCACUGCACCAGACUGGCAGGGGACAAGGCCAACAACUGGUGGCUGAGACAGCAUCCCAAGGUUAUGAGCAUGAAGUUCAAGCCAGGAACCAAGAGAGCAGAGAUGGCCAACGCCAUUGACCAGUAUGUGCUGGGAACCGUGGGAGUGGAUACGGACCGUGCCAGCUGGGAGAGUGUGUUUGAAGAAGUCCCCGCAACUCUGUCUCCAGCCGAGCGUUCUGAGUGGGUUUCCCGACUUAAGGGUGUGUCUCUCAGCUCUGAUGCGUUCUUCCCGUUCCGUGACAACAUUGACAGGGCCGUACAGAGUGGUGUAGAGUACAUCGCUGCACCGGGAGGAUCCACUAACGAUGCAGGGGUGACAAAAGCCUGUGAUGAUCAUGGAAUCUCCCUAAUCCACACCGACAUCAGACUCUUCCAUCACUAAAAUAUGGGAGAGUCCAUUUUUGAUGCCAGGGUGACCAAAGCUCAUGAUCUCUUGGAACUUCCCUUGCUGAAUUGGAUAUAUGACUUUUUAAAAACCAGAAUUGAUAAUACUCAUGUAGUUGUUUUUCUAGUUCAUUGUUACAAAUGUUAGCCUUAAAUAUGCAUGAUAAUCAUCUGUUCAGCAUUAAAGGCCAGUGUUGAGAUUUGCAUAAUAAUUGAAUGUUUUCUUUAUAUGAUUUGUUAUUGUUCGAGGAUUUUUCAUUGCAAAAAUUGUUCAUUUUUUCAGUGCCAUAUCCUGUUUAGUGCAUAUAGAUCUCAUGUUAAUUGAAAUUACCCAUGUUAAACUUGUUUUUCUUUCGUUAUAUUGAUCUCUUUUCCAUAGUGUUCAAAACAUAAUUGAUUAUAAUAUUUACUUAUGACUUGACAUGAACAAGUUUGUCUUUAAAGUUUAUAGUUAUUAUCUCCUUAUCAUGUAGAUGUCAUAAUAUUAUGGUUAAACCAUAUGAAAUUUGUAACAAAUUUCUUACAUAUUUUAGAAUAAAAUUCAAAGCUGG